UGUUCUGUGGUGCAGUGAUAAGCUCCUCCCUCUGGGUUGUUCUGUGGUGCAGUGAUAAGCUCCUCCCUCUGGGUUGUUCUGUGGUGCAGUGAUAAGCUCCGCCCCUCUGGGUUGUUCUGUGGUGCAGUGAUAAGCUCCUCCCUCUGGGUUGUUCUGUGAUGCAGUGAUAAGCUCCUCCCUCUAGGUUGCUCUGUGGUGCAGUGAUAAGCUCCUCCCUCUAGGUUGCUCUGUGGUGCAGUGAUAAGCUCCUCCCUCUGGGUUGUUCUGUGGUGCAGUGAUAAGCUCCUCCCUCUAGGUUGCUCUGUGGUGCAGUGAUAAGCUCCGCCCCUCUGGGUUGUUCUGUGGUGCAGUGAUAAGCUCCUCCCUCUGGGUUGUUCUGUGGUGCAGUGAUAAGCUCCUCCCUCUAGGUUGCUCUGUGGUGCAGUGAUAAGCUCCGCCCCUCUGGGUUGUUCUGUGGUGCAGUGAUAAGCUCUGCCCCUCUGGGUUGUUCUGUGGUGCAGUGAUAAGCUCCUCCCUCUGGGUUGUUCUGUGGUGCAGUGAUAAGCUUCUCCCUCUGGGUUGCGCUGAUUUGUCAGUACUGAUCAUGUGCUGGAUUUACAGCAGUAGUGGGUGGAGCUUUUCCCAAGUUCAUGAAUAUUCAUUACUAUGAACAGUUGUAAAAUGGCCGCCCUCAUCGAUGACGCCCAGGCGGUAUGAUUGCGCCAUUAUUUUGGUGGCAGCAGCAGCACAUGAGACAUCAUCCCUGACAUUAGGACAUGAACUAUGGGGCAGAUUUAUCCAAACUGUCCUUGUUAUCCACAGCAACCAAUCAGAGCUCAGCUUUCAUAAGCUAUAGAGAAAUGAAAGCAAUGCUGUGAUUGGUUGCUAUGGGUACAUAACGACGGAUGAUGCAAGGCUGAAGAGCGCAGUAUAUCCUGGCUCUGGUCUGACUGAAAUCUCUGACGUGACGCCAUUUUCUCUUGUCUGGAUAUAGAAGACAUAAGAGAGGACAACAUGCCAAGAGAGAAAAGACCACGCACAACUCUGAAGCGGGUCUGUGCCUCCGUUCUUCCCAACAUGUGCUUCAACUUUCUAUACAGCGACAAUGAAGAAUUCAAGGUCUCAAAGUUCUUCCUAGGAGCCUCAUUUGGAGCCAUCCUAGGACUUGGUGUAUACUUCUUGCUUGUGCAUCCGAUGAAUGUGCAUGAGGAGCAGAAGAUCAACAUCAUGUACGGGCUAUCAGGGACAUUUGCUUUUGGAUGGGCGACCUCUUCCUACUUUCGCUGCUCCACCCUUAUUCUUGCUCCUAACCUUCUGGGGAAAGAAGGCCGGACGAUCAUAGUCAUCGGUGUGAUUGCCUCAAUCUAUGCAGGGCCAGUUGCAAAUAUACAGAAGAAUGUUGAAGUAAUUGCAAGAUCUGUGAGCUGCACUGUGGACCUACAGAUAAACCACACUAAAGUGGUCUGGAAGGAGAUGACAAAGCCCAUGAAGAAGAUCGUCCAAGACCUGGUGGAAGCUGCCAAGGAGCUAAAAAAUAGGAGCAGUAACGUUGUAUCGUUGUUCAAAGAAAUUGAGAAUGAGGUACAGAGCACCGAGGGCUACAGCAGAAAGAAGGCGGAAGAGGCACAGAAGAAUCAGAAGAUCAAGUCUACGCAGAAGAAGCUUGAGCUGAAGACCAUGCUGCGUUGUGAGUAUGUUGUCGAACUCGGCAUCAACAAAUGUAAGGACUGGUUCGCUAUGAAGCAUGAGGAGUGCAUGCGUUACAUCUUCUUUCCCGUCCUGAACAGUCUGCUUUGCCUACCCAUGAAGUUCACAUUUGUCUGUAACAUCAUGUACUUGGUCAACAGGUGGUGCAAGAGCAGACUCCCACUAGAAGGCAACUUCGGUCAAGUCUUCGAAUGGAUUAAUAAUACAGUGUACAAUCUGAAUAAAGGCUUCUCCAGCACCUUAGUUGUGAGGAAAGAAGAGCAGAGCAUAUUCGGAGUCAACAUCUCUCAGCUCAGCAUUACUGAAGAAGUCAUUGAAACCUUGAGGCAGAAGCAGGUGUGGGUGCUGAGGAGGAUGAAGUACAUCAACACCAUCAUGUCCUGCAUGUUUAUCUUCCUCUUUACCUCAGCUUUUAACUACACCAUCAAAUAUAAUACCAGUGUCCUCUACGACAACUUCUAUGUUACCACCCACUUCCGGCAGAUUGACGCUCACAGGAGAAAGCUGAAAAAGAAGUAUUUACUUCCCCUUCGAAACCUGGAGAAGGCAGAUUUUGUGUUUCCUUUCAAUCUUUGUGUUCAAAAUCGUGAGAUGAAGACCAUGAUGAUGGAAUUAGUGCAGUGCGCUCCUUUCUUCAUUCUCUUCAUCUUGACAAUGGGUAUCGACCAACUUAUUAUCCACAUCCUCCACAUUAUCCAAAAGCAUUUCCAUGUCUCCUAUUUUGUCGCCUUCGACCACAAGCUGCAAGUAUUAGUGGCAGGUGACACCCUUCUUGCCCGGCUUCUACAGCAUACAGUUGGCGCAUUCAACACCUCAUCCAGGACUGUAGAGUUUGGCGACAAUAAAGUCUGCCUUCCAAACCCGGCCAUCAUGAGCUUUGCCGGCCAUGUGAAUUCCUGUAUGCCAACCUUCGGGCUCCUGUCACUAUGCUUCCUCCAGGUGUAUGUCUACCGUCUCCGCAGAGUGAUCGCCUCAUUCUUCUUCCCAAAAAGGGAGAAGUGCCGGGUGCUUUACCUGUACAACAGUUUCCUGUUGAAGAGGAGGUUGUACUUUCAGAAAAUCCGCUGGAAGGUGAUGGGAAAAUCCAAACGCAGGCAGAUAUGGGAGAAGACCUUUUUGGGGAGGUUCAUCAGAUGCUGCCGCUGGACAAGACUCAUUUUCCCUUGGCGCUGCAUUGUCUGUGGAGCUAGGAGAAGUGAAGACUCGUUUGAGUGCAGGACCCCGGGAUGCUGCACUGUAUAUUGUCUUCAGUGCUGGUGGGACCUGCGCCAGUUCUGUUGGGCAUGUAUCCCAUAUGAGCAUUACAUUGAUGAGUGCAAUCUUGAAGGACUUUAUGACUCCCUUUGAUAGAGCAAGAUUAUUCCUUGAUUACAAAGAUAAUGGUUACCUAAUGUAUUGCUGUAAUUUUGCCUUUUUUGGGUUCUAAUUUAUUUUACUUGUAUUUAGCAUCUUAGUAUUCUAUUAUAUAGACAAGAUUUGUGAGUGUCUUAAAGAGUUUUUCCAGGGGAGUAAUUUUUAAUUACAAACUGGGUCAGAAUUAAUUAAAAUAAUCAUU